CUGACAACUGGAAAUCUUGUUUAGGAAAUCAGUUUUAGUUGUAGAUAUGUAUUAAGAUUAAGUUAAUGAUGUGACCUGAAGUCUUAGAGAAAUGAUAAUGAUCAGGUGAUCAUUAUGACCAAUGGGCUUCUUGUUUCUAUUUAAACAUUUAUCACUCAGGAGCAUCAGUGUUAUAACGUACAUCUCUUUAAAUUUCCGUAGGUUUUUGUCACUAAUUGUUUGACAGUAAUUUAAUUAAGGUAGCAAGUCAAGACGGUGCGUUUCAACUGCGGUGUACCAUAUGACCAUUUGUUCUCGUUGGACCACCAGCCAGGAAAAUCCUGGCAACAGUCAUACAAACUAAAACUACAGUCAUGAUGUUCACCCACUAUAGUCUUCAAACUGUUUUAUUUAAGCAGAUAUCUGCAUGCUUUUGUAACACUUGUAAAGGAUUAUGACCAUAUAUUGACCUAGUUUGUUUUACGGUUACAAAGGACCGGAUUUAAAAAGACUUGACUAGCUUUAAGACAAAUGAACAUUUGGACAUUUAAUUUUUUUAGAACGUUUAAUUUUCAGAACAUGUUCUUACACUUUUUCUGGUAUAUGUAUAUUAAUAUGCUGAUGAAAAUACACCAUAUUACCUUAAUUCUCAAGGUAAUUAAAGCAUGAUGCAUAUAUAUUAAAAUUUCUUGUAAAGUCUGUGUCCAAAAGCAUGUUUAAUUGUUAAAUGAAAUAUUCAUGAGGCAAUAAAUGUACUAACUAAAGUAAAUUUCAAAAGUACAAAUCAAUUACUGCAUGUCUUUUAAACCUAUUUGAAAAGUGUAACAUUUCAUUGGCAAUUCGUGCAUGCAUCAUAUAGUAUUAAACAGCGAUUGCAAAAGGUCUUUGUAGACAAUUCUUUCGGGUAGAUCAUUUAAAUGGCCUCCGUAAACCUUAACAUAACAAUCAAUCAAUACUUUGUCAUUGCGGUUGAAUAGUCCUGGAUAAUAGCACAGGAAAAUUCAACAGGUAUCUCUUAAAACGAGCCGGAUCUUUUGGAGUGAAAAUAAAAUUUGAAGGAGAAAUUUUACCGCUGCUGAGGGUAGAGAGGCUGUGUGAUUUUGUGUCUUGUUGUUGAAGUCAGUGAUUUUUUGGAGGGUAAAGGUUUACCUAAUCCCUUCACAACAGGGGAGUGAUAUACAGUGGAUGACAAUUCAGUGACUAUGACAGGAAACACAGCUAUCUGUAAGUCUGAAACAAGCCAUGGGGUCUGGAUCCUCCAAGCCCCCUCCCAAAACUAGCAACCCCACAAACACAGGCCGAAAGGCACAGAAUACUGGUAGUAAUCAACAAAGGAUUAGUGAGGGUCAAAGUUCAAGUCAGGGAUUAACUGGAUCAGGCCAGGCCUCGGCCAGCCAACAGGUGGAGGCUGCGGGGAACUCUAAAAUCCCACAGGGAACCAAGCAAGAAGGAGCACCAGACAAAACUAGUUCUGGGAAGGAGGGUAGUUCUCCAGGACAGAGGAACCAGGGUCAAGAUUUAACAGGUCAACAGAGGUCAGGACCAGGGGGUCAACAGGCCACAGAGAGAAUGGAGGCAGCAAGCGGACAGAGAAACAAUGCUGCUGAGCAGAGUGCAGGCGUUGGUCGUGAGGACAUCAUAUUUGAGACGUUCUAUCAUAAGAGUGGCAAAGAGUUCCAGUGUAUGUACUUAGAUGGAAUGAGGUUUUACCUGGACGACUGGGGGUCAAAGGAAUGGCAACCGUUCCCCAAGAGAUGGUACAACGAGGGAUUACUUAUCACCAACUCGGUGGUCAAAGACCAGGAAAACGAGAACAGACGACGCCAGCAACAGCAACAGCAGCAACAAUCAUCGUCUGGGGCGGGGGCGUCCGGGGGCCGGCCCCAGGCACAGUCCUCGAGUGGUCAGGAUGACAGAGAGGGCGUCCUCAACCACCCAAAGAGAGGCCGGAUCCCCACCUAUAUAUUCCAGCGGAAGCACAACAUCCACUGUUUCUACGACCACACCCAGGGUCAGUGGAUGAGGCUGCCCAUUGGGUGGGAGCUCCAUCAUGAGAUGGUGGGUAAGCUGGUGGACCAGGUGGAGGAAGCCCUGCCCACCUGGGGGGACAGGCAGGACAUCCUGGCCCUCCUACGGCAGUGUAACUACGACCCAGACGAAUGCAUGUCCACGUACCUGUAUCUGGAGGGGGAUCCCUGGUUAAAAGCCCCCAAAACUCACAAGGAAGCCAAAGCAGUUGAAGAGAAGGAUGACACUAUUGAAAAACUCAGGAUGCAGUUAAAGGAAGUGGAAGAAUCCCUGAAACACGAGAGAACGGCCCGAGUGGAGGCUGAGAAACUGGUCAACGAACAAGAAGAGAAGAUUAUGGAGCUAGAAGUGGAGAACAAGCAACACGAGGCUCAGCUGAUGUCCCUCCAGCAGAGCAGACCAAAGACAGCCAUGCAGCGUCCAAAAACUCCUCAGGUGGUAACUCAGGUAGUAAAGGAAGAAACCGUGGAUCCAGAGGAUAUAUUGUUACUCAACAACACGGCAAAGGAGCUCCGCAAGUCACAAGUUCAUCUCAAGAUGGACGUCCAGCGCUACUUUGAUGUUCUCAGGGGCCAGAUUUCUAAGGCCAUUGACGGUAUGAAGAACGUCAAGUCAAGCAGCAGCGGCAGUCAGGAGGAGAUGGAGGAAAUCCGGGCUCUCUACAGGAAGGAGGCCAUGCAGCGGAAGCUCCUCUAUAACCAGUUACAAGAGCUGCGAGGAAACAUCCGCGUGUUCUGUCGUGCCCGGCGUGAUGACAGGGCCGGCUGUUGUCUCAAGUUCCCCACAGACAGCGACAUUGUUGCCACUGACAACAACCAGCAGAAGAAAAUGUUUUCUUUUGACAAAGUCUACGAUCCUAACUCAACACAAGAACAGAUCUUCGGUGACACUAAGGGGAUCAUCACUUCCUGCGUGGAUGGAUACAACGUCUGUCUGAUGGCGUACGGACAGACCGGCUCAGGAAAAACAUUCACCAUGAUGGGACCUGACAACAACCCAGGAAUCAACAUCAGGGCUAUGAAGGAGCUGUUUGAUGUCUGUAAAGAAAGGGCAGAAACCGUGACUUACACACUGAAGGUGUCACUGAUAGAGAUUUACAAUGAGACCAUACAGGACCUGUUGACGACGGACGCUAAGGCUCUGGAGCUGAGGACGGCCGGGAACAAGGUGUCCAUCCCCAAUCUAAAGGAGGUCGUGAUCCGUAAUCUGGACGACAUCAAGAAAACAAUGGCUCAGGGAGACAAGAACCGCACCGUGGCAUCCACUAAAAUGAACUCUACCAGUUCCCGCUCACAUCUGCUGCUGAUGUUGAGUGUUGAAGGUCAAGACAAGGUCACAAAUGCAAUAACCAAGGGUACGCUGAUUCUGUGUGAUUUGGCGGGGUCGGAACGAAUCUCAAAGACCGAGGCGGAGGGCCAGAGAUUGGUGGAGGCUGCGGCCAUCAACAAGUCACUGUCUGCCCUUGGACAGGUGUUUACUGCCCUGAGGACCAGCCAGUUACAUGUACCUUACAGGAACUCCAAACUGACCCAGAUUCUACAGCCCUCCCUGGGUGGGGAUGCCAAGGCCUGCCUGUUUGUCAAUGUUAGCCCAGAUGUGAACAACUUCUCAGAGACGGUCAGUACGCUCAACUUUGGAUCCAACGCCAAACAGAUCGCGCUAGGACAGGCCAAACAGAACAUCAGGAAAGGUCCACAGUGAUUGGCCCCGGUCAGUGGGUGGAGUAGGAGAGAACGUCAUCCCCAGGGAUCAACACACCGUCUACAAGAUGUGAUGUCAUGAUAUCUGUAACAGUGGCAUUAUAGUUUUCUGAUUCUUAUCAUGUGAUCGUGCAUUUCCAACAACCCCAACUUCAUAUUGUUCACUUCUUGUUUAUAAAUUCAAAUUAUUUAUUAAGAAAAAACCUCCCUUCCCCCUUUUUAUGAUACCAGCACUUAAAAGUUGUUUUUAGAAAAAAUGAUAGAGGAGCUAUACUAUAUCUCGAAAAAAGUGACAUUGGGGAUACAUGUAUUGGUUUUAGUUUUAAUUAGUUAAUCAAUAAUGAUACACGUACCAAGGUAUUGUCAUGUUUAAGAUGUUUAACUUAAGGUACAUUUCACAUUUGAAUUAAUUUUGGGGUGCUCUGUCUGUUUCCAUUGGGAAAAACUUCGUUAUAAUAUGUAUAUACACAGUAAAAAGUCAUGAAAUGCUCCCUGUGAUAGAUAAAAGAAAUUGAUGUGAAUCUGCACCUAUGUCCAGAGAUUAGAAUGGUCUGUAUUUAUUGUUAACUUCGUAGUUUGGAGUUGUAGGUACCUGUAUCUUUCAAUGAAAACACCAACAUUAUACCAUAAUGCCUUCAUACAAUCAGUAUUACUGUUGAAGUGCUUCAUUCAUCAAUAUGUCAACUUUUUUCAUCUCGAUCUGCUCUUAACUUUAUAUGGUAUACACACCAAGACAAUUGUUGUACUUAUAAUGUUCACAUAGCCAGCUGAUGAGGGAGUAAUAUUGUUUGUAUCCACAGAAGAAAAUUCUUUGAUUCCGCCUUUGGUGCACUGUAAUGUCUUGUAGAAUUAUUACACAAUGAACAGACUGAUUGGUUGAUGGUCCAGAGUUUAUCUAGAUGCAGCCAGUGUAUAUCACAAAGAGGAUUGCUUAUAAUUUAUGAUGAGUUUAUGUUGCUAAACAUCAAACAGAACCAAGUAUUGCAUUUAUAAAUAUGUGCUUACGAAACUGGGUAUAAUAUACAUACCUUUGUAUUUACUUGAAUCUUUAAAGAGAUAGAGAAUAUGGGUAUUUAUUUAUAUUGUACAUUUACACUCUCUUUUACAUCUUAAUUUUAUGUUUACAUCAAAUAUUGUUCAUAUUUACAAAGGAAAUGAUCAAUGUCUUUUCUUUAGCCAUUCUGUGAUAGAAGUUUGAGAGAUUUCUCCCUUUCCGUCCAACCAUCCUCCCCCCAUGUAGAGUGUUGUUGUCCUUGUCUAUGAUAUAACACUGUUUAUCACUGAAACAAACCAGUACCAAUACAGUAAAUUAUAGAGGCAGGCUUACCAAGGGGGAAUUAAACAAAUUCCUAUCUUUUUAUCAGCUUGAAUGAAAAUUCACACUUGAUACCAGUGUCAAAUUUGGUAUGAUGGAUAAUUAUCCUGAUAAGCAAAAAGUAUCACCAGUAUAUACCAAAGACUGAUUGAUAAGGAUGUCCACCAAAGAGUCUGCAGUUAUAAAUCAUUGUACAGGGAUUACGAUAUUUGUUAUCUUUUUGUUAUAUUUAUUUGUAUUUACAAUUCAAUUAUCAUUUAUAUUUAUUUUAUAAUCACUUUGUAAUUUAUUCUUUAAUUUGAUAAUCAACAAACCGAAUGGAUUAUACAGCAUGUAAACCAUGCUUACCCUGUCUAUUCUGUGUAGUAUCAUGUUAUAUACCAUAUUGACUCUAACUAUAUGCUUGAAAGUUUUCAUAUUGGAGUAGAUGUCCAACAUACUGAAUGAAAGGUGUGUGAGUGAUGGAGGAGGCUUUUCUUCCUCAAUGUUCACUUGUUGAAGUCUGCUGCUAACUAUGAACUGUGACACAAUCCCUGUACAAUGAGUCUGCAGGCUUUAAUAUGGUAUCCGUAUUGGCUGUCAAUUGUUCUUCUAUAUUCACAUUUUAGGCUGCAUGACAAUGCUGUCUGUAUUGCAAACAAUAAAAUCCAAAUCUUUCUUUAAGCUCAAUCAGAUAAAUGUAUCCAUCUCGGCAGUGAAUUUUCAAUCCAAGAUAGGAACUUAUGGUAUACAAUGUAUUUUAUUUUAGCUGUGUUUGCUGUCAAUGUAAACAAAUAAAUUAUGCUGUAAUCUGUUAAUCCAUGCUCUGAAUUGUCAUUCCAUGCUGUAAAUUGUGAGUUCAUGCUGUAAAUUGUCAGUUUAUGCUGUAACCUGACAGUCUCUGUGGACAAAGAUUGAUGAUUUUGAAUUUUUGUCUGUUUGCUUUGAUUUGAUCUUUGAUAUUUGAAUGAAGAUGCCUCCCUUCAUGAUAAAACUGUGAUACCGUUGUUUACAGAUUGAGUAGGUCUUAUUUUUGAUGCAAUAAAAUAUUUUCCGUUUUAUCUUG